UUAUUCCAGUUAGUCUUUUGAUGUACGUUCAUAAAGAGACAUCGAAAUGAAUAUUCCAGUGGUUGUCUUUCUUAGCGUUUGUUUCAUUAUUUUCAGUGGUAAAAAUGUAAAUGGGAAAACUCUUCAACGGUCAUCUAGAGAUAACAAAUACACUACUCGCUAUGAUAAUGUAGAUGUUGACCGAAUUUUACAUAGCAAAAGAUUACUCUUAAAUUAUAUUAACUGUCUUUUAGAAAAAGGAUCGUGCUCGCCUGAAGGGCGGGAAUUAAAAAAGAUCCUCCCUGACGCUCUAGUUACGAACUGUUCGAAAUGCAGCGAAGUCCAAAAAAAACAGGCAGGAAAGAUUUUAACUUUUGUGCUAUUAAAUUAUAGAAACGAAUGGAAUCAAUUAGUCGCCAAGUAUGACCCUGAUGGUAUUUACCGUAAGCAGUACGAAAUUGAUGAUGAUUACGAUUAUUCAGAACUUGAUUCAGCAAAAAAAUAAAAAAUUGUAUAAUUAAUAUUAUGUAUUAUAUAAAAAUAUAAACUUUUGAAAAUU